AUGAACCCAUCGGUUGGUCGGAAAGUUGUCCCUAUAGGAAUCGUGAUUUUGCCUCAUCGGAGAGUUGAUUUUGCAUUCGUGAAUGUCGACUCAAAUGAGGCAAUUCUUCAUCGGCCCACAUUUCCGGUCUCGCAGACGCCCAAACCUCUCUAUUCUGUCCACCCACCCAGCGGGUCGACUCCAACCUGUACCUCACCCGCCCUGUCCAGCAGCGUCGAGGCCAGCUCUUCCUUCGCCACAACUCGCGCCUCUCUCUCGCCCUAUCCGCAGACUCCGCCAGCCAUGUUUACCGGCUAUCCAGUCGCCGGAAUGAUGUCCGUCAACUCGUCAGCCUCUGUUGCCACGGCUACACACACCACAACAGCCACAACUGCCUCGGUUUAUCCUGCCUUCCAUCCUCCAACUUGCCUUUGUUCGAGUCUCUUGUCAACUGGUUUGUCGUUGCGCGGUGGACCGAGCGUCUUCACCGGCAGUCCGACGCCCCCGUACGACGCCCACUCAGGGAUUCAGGCUCACAGCCUCCUCCUCUUGCCCCCCGCGUCACCCCCUCCCUCCUCUUCAUCUUCCUCCUCCUCUUCUUCCUCCUCCUGCUCUUCAUCUUCACCCUUUGCCUUGAGCACAAACGGCCAGCCUCCGCCCGCUCACAGCGCAGUCGCCCUGGCCUCGGACCCGGCCUCGAGCGCGGCCUCGAACCCGGCCUCGGACUCGGCUCCCGAGCAGUUGGGCACGGCGAGUUUACAACUCGCCUUCCUUUCGGGCCUGACUGCGGCAGCAGCCGCAGCCGCUGCUGCUGCUGCCGUGGCGUCAACGUCGACGUCGACGUCAACGUCAACGUCAACGUCAACGUCUUCAGCGUCGUCCGAAUCACCGUCAGGCCUGCUCGAGUUCUGUGAGUCCGAGCAUCGACUCGGCCAGACUCCGCCCGUCUGUCUGUACCAACCGGUGAGUGGACUCGGCUUCAACGUUGGCCCGAACCAACUGGUCGAGGCGGUUGGCGACGAGCCACGCCAACGCCAUGAUCGACUCAGCCAAGAUGAGAUGGUCAUGGAGGAGGUGAAGGGUCUGCUGGAGGCGGGCUCGUUCGGCUGUCCUCUCCUGUCGGAGGCCGAUUUGCUCAACAUGUCCGGCAAUACGGGCCCUGGCAACAACAUAGCCUUAGCCAUGGCAACGGCCCUCCAGCAGUCGCUGGCCGUGGCUGCGGUCGGCGGCCUUCCUCUCUCCAGUCUGGCAGCUCUUUACUCCGCAGCCGCCGGCUCCGGCUUGCCGCCGCCGCCGCUUCACGCAAGCUCGAGUCCCACUUCCGAUUUGAGCGGUGCCACGGCGACGUCAAAUGCGACGGCGGCAGCAGCAGCCGCUGCCGCCGCCGCCUAUUGCUCUUCUCAUCUCUUCCUGCAGACCGGCCAGGCGACCACCAGACAAUCGCAGAUGGAAGACUUGGCUCAUCUCCAGGCCCUGGCCAAGCCGAUAUCGGUUUUAGCGGGUGUCGAAGCGAAGACAGCUUCCUUUACCUCCUCUUCCUCAUCAUCUUCUUCCUCCUCAUCGUCUUCUUCUUCUUCCUCCUCUUCCUCCUCUUCUUCCUCCUCCUCCUCCUCAUCCGCACCCUCGUUGCCGGCCUCCGGCUCCAGUUGCCCGGAGGCUCCGGGUCUGUUGUUGUCCCGGUCAGUGAAGAUGGCCUCACGACAGUCUCUCCAGCCUUCCAAUUACCCUCUGGCCGCGUCUUUACCCCCGAUUGGUCCAUCUCCAUCACCACUGCCACCGCCACCAGCAUCGGCGCCGAACGCCGGUCCUCUGGCCCGACAACUAGCCCCAUUGUUGCCACCCCUGCCCGGCCUAGGCUCGGGGGUCAUGAGUCUGGCAUUCAAGUCAGAGGAACGAUUUCCGCAGACAGGACAUUCGGCCACGGGACAAAGCAACGAUGACAGUGACGCAAGUGGAGAGCUCGAGACUGCGUCAUUUCUUGAAGUCCCGGUAAAGACGACUAUGCCCAAUCAAUCCUCUCACCUUGACCCGAAUAAGUAG